CAGCAUGCUUUCCCUGGUCAUCACGUUACUCCCAGUCAUGUGAUGACACUGUCUGCGCUUGUUAGCGGGCUGGAAGGAGCUCUGCUCGGGGGGGGAAAGAGGCCAAAGAUUAUCCAACUACAAACUACUGUAACCUGUUGGCAUUGGAGUUGGACUCGUUUGACGGCGCUAUUGUAAAUGAUGGCCCCGCCUGCCAGGAGAUGGGUCCGUCUGUGAUACUUGGACACUAAAGAAGAAACUACUGACUGGGGUCUCUGACUGGUGACUAUUUACUCACUCACCAGCGUGGAACCCAUUCACGUUUUAACAAAUGGCUGAAGAAGUAUUAUUAACGUCACCCGGGAAAAUAUCAUCGUACCUGACCAGGUCCCUGUUGGCUGUAGCAUUCCUCACCUCCUUUGGGAGCUCCAUGCUCUAUGGCUACAACCUGGCUGUGGUCAACUCUCCUGCAGCGUACAUCAAGAACUUCUACAACCGCUCGGUGGUGAGCCGUAAUGGCACGAUAAUGGACGAGGAGUCUCUGACCCUCAUGUACUCCCUCACCGUCUCCAUCUUCGCCAUCGGGGGCCUGGUGGGCUCGCUGAUGGUGGGCGUGUUGGUCACACGCUUCGGCAGGAAAGGCACGGUGGUGAACACCAGCGUGCUGGUGUUCGUGGCCAGUGUGCUCAUGGGCUUCAGUAAGGUCUGCGGCUCCCCUGAGAUGGUCAUCGUCGGUCGAUUCAUCACCGGCAUCCACUCUGGUAUCUCUCUGAGCGUGGUGCCCAUGUACCUGGGGGAGAUCGCUCCCAAGAACCUCAGGGGGUUCCUGGUUUUGGUCCCCAGCAUCUUCAUCUGUGUGGGGGUCUUCUCGGCGCAGCUUCUGGGCCUGCACGAGCUGCUGGGAAAGGAGGAACACUGGCCCCUCCUCCUCUCCCUGGUCGCCGUGCCCACCUUCAUCCAGCUGAUGCUGUUGCCAUGGUUCCCGGAGAGUCCCCGGUACCUCCUGAUUGAGAAGCACAAUGUCCACGCUACCAUCACAGCUCUGAAGUGGUACAGAUCCAAGUGUAACAUCCAGGAGGAGAUAGAGGAGAUGCAGGAGGAGCAGCGCUCGCUGUCCUCCUUGGACACUCUGUCGGUGUGGCAACUGUUGCUAGACAAGAGCGUGCGGUGGCAGGUGCUCAGCGUCGUGGUCAUCAACAUCGGGAUGCAGCUGUCCGGCAUCGAUGCGAUCUGGUUCUACACCAACGACAUCUUUGAGAACGCGGGGAUCCCGGCCGGGGAGAUCCAGUACACCACAGUGGGCACGGGGGCCAUAGAGAUCAUAGGGGGACUGAUUGGGUGCUUCACCAUAGAGAAGCUGGGCAGACGGCCCCUCGUCAUCGGGGGUUUCACCAUCAUGGGCGUCUGCUGCGCUGGGAUCACACUCUCACUCAUACUGCAGGUCAGCCUGCCCUUCAUGCGCUACAUCAGCGUCACCUGUGUGGUGGGGAUCAUCGCUGGCUUCUGCAUCGGCCCAGCGGGCGUGCCCUUCCUCAUGACGGCCGAGCUCUUCAAGCAGUCCCACCGGCCCGCCGCAUACAUCGUGGGGGGCUCCCUCAACUGGAUCUCCAACUUCACCGUGGGCUUCGUCUUCCCCUUCCUCCAGAUGUCGGCGGGCGCCUACUGCUACCUGGUGUUUGCGGCGGUGUGCUGCGUGGUGGCCACCUACGACGCCUUCAUCCCCGAGACCAAGAACAAGACGUUCGUGGAGAUCAGCCGCAUGUUCUCCAAGAAGGAGGCGGUCCUCGAGACGCAGGUGCUGGUGGCGCCCGGACACGUGGACACGCUCAAGCUGCGCAAGAUGAACGGCGGCUACGGCACGCUGGAGAACGGCUCCCUGGAGCUGGACAGCUCCAGCUCCGCGCCCUGACGGGACCGGACCGGCCACCGGGAACCGGGAGGACCCGAGGGAGGCCAGCGUAGAGUGGGAGGCGUCGAUGUCACUCACUUCCAGAGCCACCAUCUUGGUGCCUUUUCAGCGUAAGAAUAAAAAUAGGUUGUUGUUGUUUUUCUAGAAGUUACCAGUACCAAGAUGGUGUUGGCUCGGAAAGUGCUUUUGGAAGCUUAGACCACACGAUCCAACCCUCCAUCUUUAGGCCUCCCCUGGUAUGACGUGUUCGGCUUUUACUGUUAUCUUUUGAACCGUUUGAAUGAAGAUGAUGAAAAUACGCCAAACUAUCAGACAGAUGUAUUAUUAUGUUGUAAUUUAAACUGAAAAUAAGAUGCAUCUAUAUUUACGGAAAGAGUUGACGAGCGUGAUUGAGGUUGGGGUAUAAUGGGGUAUAAGUUGUUCUAAUAUAACAAGUCUGGGGUAAUGUAUGUCUUUAUCCUGAAAUAAACCCAGACAGGGUGAUGCAGAACCAAGACCCAAAUCGGAAGGAACUUGAAUCCCCAGAAUGGGUUUCUUUUGCGAUGAUGGCUGGAUUGAUUAUCCCGUUAAUUGAGAUAAAAUAUAGAAUCAUUUAAUGUUUACACUAAUUACAAAUAGUCAGUUUGAUUCUGAUACUCAUACCAGCAGUCCGGCAUUCAGAAAUAACAGACCGGGAUUGACCAAUCAAAAUAGUGUAUUAAUCAAAGCCGUGAAAUAAAAUACAAUAAAAUAUAAACGCUUGUAGGCCAAAGGGCUUUUA